AUGCGCCAUCUUUGUAAGGGAGUUUACUACGACCAAUAUGGCCGUCAUGCCUUGAGACUUCGACAUGGCUGUGUGUUUCACCGAGGGGAAAAAGGCCCUCCAUGUCGGAUCUGGACUAAAGAGCCCUCUGCAUUGAAGUCAUGCAGGAAAGUGACAGGAACAGGCCUGCAUUGGCAGAUAACAGCAAGAGAAGACAUUUCUGCACAAAGUGCAGCCUCUGCUUUGCCUUCAAAUUGGCUCUUGCCAGACACCAGGCAAUCCACACAGGAGAGAAGCUCCAAGAAGGCUCUGAGAGUGGGGAAAUCCUAUCACUGCUUGGAGUGCGGGAAAAGAUUUUUCCAACUAUCAAAUUUUGUGAAGCAUCUAAGAAUCCACAAAAGAAUAAAACGCUACAAAUGUGGGGAACGUGAGAAAAAAAUUGUUAGGAGGUCGUACCUUGGAAUCCACGAGAAAAUCCACACUGGAGAAAAACCUUACAAAUGCUUGGAAUGUGGGAAAUGUUUUCCCCAGAAUACACAGCUUCGUAAACACCAGAGAGUCCACAUAAGUGAAAAACCCUACAGAUGCUCAGAGUGUGGGUUGUUCUUUUCUAGACGAUUGCAACUUGUGAGCCAUCAACAAAUUCAUAUGGAGAAAAUACCUUAUAAAUGUAUGACAUGUGGCAAAUCAUUUGCUCAACACUCAGCCCUUCUGAUCCAUCGAAGAGGCCACUCAGGAAAGAAACCGUAUAAAUGCUUGGAGUGUGGGAAAUAUUUUUCUGUCCUCUCAGUUCUGGUGAAACAUCAAAGAAUCCACACAGGAGAGAAACCCUACAAAUGUGCUAAGUGCUGGAAAUGUUUUCCUCAAAAAUCACAGCUUUGUGUGCACCAGAAAAUCCACACAGGAGAGAAACCAUAUAAAUGUUUGGACUGUGGAAUGUCAUUUUCUCAUCAACAAACCCUUAAGGGGCACCAGAGAAUCCAUACAGGAGAGAAACCCCAUAAAUGCUUGGAGUGUGGGAAAUGCUUUACCAGGAAAGUCACUCUUUCCAAACAUCAGAAAAUCCACACAGGAGAGAAACCCUACAAAUGCAGUGAGUGUGGGUUAUGCUUUGCUCAAAAGCCACAGCUUGUUAGCCAUCAGCGAACUCAUACUGGAGAAGAACCCUAUACAUGCAUGGAGUGUGGCAAAUCAUAUGGUCUAAUGUCAAGCCUUGUGAUCCAUCAGAGACUCCACGCAGGGGAGAACCCUUACAAAUGCUGGGAGUGUGGGAAAUGUUUUCCUCAAAACGCACAGCUUUGGAGCCAUCGGAGCACUCAUACAGGAGAGAAAACGUAUAAAUGCUUAGAGUGUGGGAAAUGUUUUGGUCACUAUUCUGGACUUGUGAGCCAUCACAGAGGGCACACAGGAGAAAGGCCUCAUAAGUGUUUGGAAUGUGGAAAAUGUUUCUCCACAAAAUCAGGUCUUGUGCGACACCAGAGAACCCACACAGGAGAGAAACCCUAUGAAUGCACCGAGUGUGGAGAAUGUUUUUUUGAUAAAGGUUCCCUUGUAAGACAUCAGUCUACUCACAAUGGACAGAGACCCCAUAAGUGUGUGGAGUGUGGGAAAGGUUGUAUGUCGUCAUCAGAACUUGUAAUCCAUCAGAGAAUCCAUACAGGAGAGAAACCCUACAAAUGCAUGGAGUGUGGAUAUUGCUUUUCCCAGAGAUCACACCUCCAUAGACACCAGAGAGUCCACACAGGAGAGAAAUCCUACAAAUGCCUGGAAUGUGGGAAAUGCUUUACUGACAAGUCACAACUUCCUAUACACCAGAGACUACACACAGGAGAGAGGCCUUAUGAAUGUGAAGAGUGUGGGAAACGUUUUGUUACCUCAUCACAUCUUGUUAGUCAUAAAAAAGUCCACACAGGAGAGAAACCAUAUAAAUGUUUGGACUGUGGAGUGUCAUUUUCUUAUCAACAAACCCUUAAGGGGCACCAGAGAAUCCAUACAGGAGAGAAACCCCAUAAAUGCUUGGAGUGUGGGAAAUGCUUUACCAGGAAAGACACUCUUUCCAAACAUCAGAAAAUUCACACAGGAGAUAAACCCCACAAAUGCAUGGAAUGUGGAAAAUAUUUUUCCAGGAAAGACAGUCUUGUGAGCCAUCAGAGAAUUCACACAGGGGAGAAAACAUAAAUGCUUGGAAUGUGGCAAAUAUUUUUCUCAGCAAUCACCACUUCAUACACAGAAGAGAGUCCACACAGGGAAGAAAUCACAUUAAUGCUCUUGAGUGUUGCAAAUUUUGCUUAGAAAAGAAUUAUGGGGUGCCAUCAGGGGGUACAAAUGGAGAGAGACCCAGGAGAGCUUUCUGCCUGCUUUGGCUGGUAUGCCAGCUGCAACUGUUCCUGCACUGUGAUAGCCUGAGCACUGUGGUCCAUGUGUUGGUAACCUCAAGAGUUCAUUACUGUAAUGCACUUCACGUGGGUCUGCCUUUGUAUCUGGUCUGGAAGCUGCAACUAGUGCAGAAUGCAGUGGCCAGACUACUCACAGGAGCAGAUUACUGGCAACAUGUUACUCUGCUGCUGAAAGAGCUGCACUGGUUGCCAGUAUGCUACCGGGCCAGGUUCACAGUGCCUAUGUUAAUUCACAAAGCCCUCAACAACUUGGUCCCAAAGUACUUAAGGACCACCUGACUUCAGUCACUCAGAUCUUCUGAUGGGGCAAUUUUUGUGGUUUCUCGUGCCCCUGAGGUUCAUUUGGGCCUCCACCAGAGAUCAGGCCUUUAUUGUGGCAGUCCCUGCCCUGUGGAACUACCCACCAAUAGAAGUUUGGCAGAAACCAUCCUUCCCUUCUUUCAGGCAUCUUUUGAAAACUGAAGUGUUUAGGCAGGCCUUUAUAACAUGAAUUUCUCUCUAAUCAAUGGAGUACUUAUUGAUGCUUUUAUCAUUGUUUUUGAUGAUGUUUUGUUGGUUUUAAAUUUUGUUGUGUCUUUGUUUGUUGUGAGUCACCUUGGUGUACUCCUGUGAAAAGUGGCUUAUAAAUACUUUAAUAAAAUAAACAAAUAAAUGCCUGGAAUGUGAGAAAUGUUUCCCCCCACAAAGUAUUGCUUAACAGGCACCAGGUAUCUUUCCAUAGAAGAGAGAAAGCACAGAAAUGUGCUCAGCUCUGAAAAAUAUUUCCUUCACCUGUGAAAUACCAGUUAGAUUUGUCACACAAAGAAAAUAAAAUCCCAUCAUAAGUGCUUGCGGUCUGAGAAAUAUCCCUUCUCCCUGUCUCAGUAAAGUUUCAUAUUGAGCAAAGACUCCAGCUGCCCCUGGAUUCAUGGCACUUUGACAUUCCAAAUGGCCCAGCAACCCUCUGCUUUAGAAGUGACAAAUAGCUCCCCAUGUAAAUCUGUCCCCCAUCAUGAUAGGGGGAAUAGGUGAACAUCAAGGCUGCACCUAGUGCCUGGCUGAACAACCACCCUUUUUGUAUUUGAUCUAGUUCUGUUAAAAUUUAAAUGUACUGCCUUCAAGUCGAUUCUGACUUAUGGCAACCCUAUGACUAGGGUUUUCAUGAGGCUGAGAGGCAGUGACUGGCCCAAGGUCACCCAGUGAGCUUCAUGGCUAUGUGGGGAUUCGAACCCUGGUCUCC